CGGCUUCCUCAGGCCCUGGCCACUCGCUGCACAACAUCUGGGGCUCCUUGCCGAAGCCUGCAGAUUGAUAGACCGCAGAUUGUCCGCAUCAUCCCGCUGCAGCUCUUCAAGUUCUUCUCUGUAACUGGAACCAGAACUUCAUCAACACCUUCGCUUGUGUUUCCGCGGGACAAUCGCACCUGCGGGUGUUUAAUCGUGCUUCGUUUCUCUUCUCCCAAGCUUCGGCCCUCCAGGAAGCUGCGCCCUUCGUUGUGCUUCAACAUUCUCUUUAUUCUUCCGGACUCCCGCAUUUCUCUCGCUUCCCAAGACAUUCCCAAUUCAGUUCAUCUGCUUCGGCUCCAGCUCUUCUUUAGAGUCCUUCAAAAGCCAGUCGCUCAAGAUGGCUCAGCUCAAAGCCACAUUCCUCGUGCUUGUCGCUCUGUUUACAUCGUUCACCUACGCUGUGUCCCCACUCGUGGUCAAAGGUGCCGACUUCGUCAAUAGCGUGGAUGACACACGGUUCCAGAUCAUUGGUGUCGCUUACCAACCCGGCGGUUCUUCCGGCUUCGACCCUGGCUCUGGUGUCGACCCCUUGAGCAACAGUUCGGUUUGCCUCCGAGAUGCCGUCCUCAUGCAACGACUGGGUGUCAACGCCAUCCGUGUCUAUAACUUAGAUCCGGAUCUGGACCAUAGCGAGUGUGCCUCAAUCUUCAACGCAGCCGGUAUCUACAUGAUCCUGGACGUUAAUAGUCCUCUUCCAAACCAAUCGCUCAACCGAGGCGCACCAUGGGAAUCUUACAACUCCGACUACUUGGAACGCGUCUUCAAGGUUGUGGAAGGUUUCAUGCACUUCAACAACACUUUGGGGUUCUUCAGCGGCAAUGAAGUGAUCAACGAAGAUUCUGUCGCACAGGUCCCUGCCUACAUCAGAGCCGUCACCAGAGAUGUCAAGGAUUACAUUGCCGCUCAAGCCUCACGAGACAUUCCUGUUGGUUAUUCUGCGGCUGAUGUCCGGCCAUUGCUUAUGGGCACCUACAACUACUUGUCCUGUGGGCUCGACAAUGAAACCACCUCCAAGAUCGACUUCUUUGGUCUCAACAGCUACUCUUGGUGCGGUGAUGCUACUUUCGAGUCAUCUGGCUACGAUGUCUUGGUGGAUGACUUUAGCAACACCACUAUCCCGAUUUUCUUCUCUGAGUAUGGCUGCAACCAUGUUACUCCGCGAGUGUUCUCCGAAGUGCCGGUGUUGUACUCUGAAAAGAUGACACCGGUCUUUUCCGGCGGUCUCAUCUACGAGUACAGCGAGGAGCCUAACAACUACGGUCUGGUCGAACUGAACGACAAUGGCACUGUCUCCAUCCUUACGGAUUAUGACAACCUUCGGAAGCAGUUUAACAGUCUGGACGUCGGGCUGCUGGAAAAGGCCAAUGCCACUGCCACCUCUCUGACCCCUCCUAGUUGCGCAAGCAGCCUGCUUGCUGGAGCCAACUUCACCAAGACUUAUUCCAUUCCUGCCCGACCAGAUGGUGUCGACGAUCUCAUCAAAAAUGGUAUAAAUGGCACGUUCCCGACGGGCACCUCUUCUGUCACAGACACCAAGCCUUCACAGAUCGUGUACUCCACCAGUGGUCAAGAGAUCACUGGGCUUGAGCUGAACGUUCUUGCCAACGAUCAGAGCAACUUACCGGGGAACAAUACUAGCGGCACUACUCCGGAAGGAGGCUCAUCCACCACAACCAGCAGCGGCAGCAAGCCCAGCAAGACGCAUAAUGCUGCAGUCAACUUGAAGAUGGACAAUGCCAAGUUUGGCUCUUUGAUGUUUGGUGCACUGAGCGUUGGUCUUUUCAUGCAGUGGUAGUAGGAUGUGUCCGGGGAGUGGAGUUAUGGUCGACCAUGAUCCAUUUACGCACGACUUCACGCUUUUUUCUGGGAAAGUGGUGCAUUAUUGUCCAAGCUUCAUGGGGAGCGUGGAGCGUAGUUUAAGUUCUCUUCGAUGGACAUAUUUCUGUUUGACUUUGCAGGCCGAAGUCUCGAAAGAAUAGACGUGGUAAUAACUAGCAGUGGAUUGAGUACUCUAGUUCGAAUCUCGCUCUUUGGCUUCCCAGCUCGUGGAACGCGCAUGUCAGUCUAGCCUUACCUUUGUCCCUCGGAGUCGCCGACCCGUCUACCAUGGACCAACAUCGUGGCUUUUCCACGUUAA